ACAUGUUUCGCGCAUAAGCGAGAGAUUGCAUUCGUGGCGCAUGCCUGCCCGCCAUGUUCGUUGCACUGUCGUUUAUACGAAAUUGUAAGGCGCGCGCGCGGUAAAGUGUGUUUUCCUCGUGCGUCGAUUUCACUCUAGUUUGAGAAAUGUCAUUCGGCACGGGAUUUGGUGUGGCUACUUCGACGCCCGCUCCUGCAUUCAGUUUCGGUGCGACGACUUCAACCACGGCGACUCCGGUGAAACCGGCAGGAUUUGGAACGCCAUCCUUUGGAUUCAAUACACCAGCUACAUCAGCACCAAGCCUGUUUGGCACUUCUUCAACCCCUGCAACUGGUGGAUUUGGCACAGGCACUGGAUUUGGUACACCAGCUGCUACUGGUUUUGGCAAUACCUCUACAACCGGAUUUGGUGCUACACCAGCAUUUGGUGCCACACCUACUAGUGGAUUUGGAGCCACUCCAGCUUUUGGUAGUACACCUGCUUCCACGGGCACUGGAUUUGGGACAACUUCAACAUUUGGCACCACUCCAGCAUCUACAACAGGCUUUGGAGGAUUUGGGACUGCUACAACAACAUCCUCUUUAGGCUUCAGCAGUUUCAGUGGGUUUGGAACUGCAACAACUACAUCCGCACCAUCCUUCUUUGGUGGAUUUGGCACUACAAAUACAGCCUCAACUGGUUUUGGUGCGGGUACUGGUUUUGGUGCAUUUGGAACAAAACCAACAACCACAACUACCACCACUGGUUUUGGUGGUUUCGGUACAGGAACAGGAUUCACAGGUUUCGGCACUGGACUAGCACAGCCUCAACAACACCAACCAUUUCAGCAGCAACACCAACAGCAAUUACAACAACAGACUAUUAAUACUAUAUCUGAAGCACUAUACAAUGCUGUUUUUAAUUGUCAAUUGUACAAUGACGAACGGGAUAAUAUCAUUGCCAGAUGGAAUCUUAUACAAGCUCUAUGGGGCACCGGAAAAGCUUACUAUUCCAUGAAUGCACCGCCGAUAGAACUUAACCAAGAGAAUCCUUUGUGUAGAUUUAAGGCCAUUGGGUACAGUCGCAUGCCCGAAGCAGAUAACAAUGACGGAUUGGUCGUACUUUGUUUCAAUAAAAAGAAAAACGACGUUAAAGAAGGCGAGACACAGUUGAUCGGCUUCAUGAAUAAUAUAUUAGGCAACAAGCCCAAUUUGUCGUUGACAAUAGAUAAUAUCAAAGCGACUGGAGAGGACAAAAGUCAAGUGACCAUUUUUGUUACUGAGAAAGGUAUUACUGGAGCUCCAAGAAAAAUUCCUGCUAGCGAAUUGGUUGCAUAUUUAUCGCAGCCAAUGCAGAAGCAACAGUUGAUGCAGAAUGGCGUGGAAGACAUAUUACCUCUGAUAAAGUUGGAUCCUGCUCAGUUGAAAGAAUAUUUAGACAAUCCACCCUGUUCCAUCGAUCCAAGAUUAUGGAAGCAGGCUCAGUUGGAUAACCCUAAUCCAGACCUGUAUAUACCGGUCCCGAUGAUCGGUUUCCAACAAGUGAAGCACAGACUGAAGUGCCAAGAGGAAGAAACGGCUAGGCACAGAAACUUCUUAGAUAUGGCGGCAGAAGAAAUACAGAAACUACAAAGGCAACACACAGCGAUACAAGCUAGGCUUAAAGAACAUAGAAGAACUUUAUUGGAACUUCAGCAUAGGGUUCUUCAAGUAUUAGUACGUCAGGAAAUUACGCGCAAAGUUGGACUAUCUUUACAAUCGGAAGAAGAAGUUCUGACACACAGGUUUGAAGCUAUGCAUUCGCAGAUCAGUGCUCCGACUCAGUUUAAGGGCAGAAUAAGCGAAAUGCUAUCUCAGUUGAGAAUGAGAAGUUACAUAGACACUCAAAACCAAGAGAGAUACGCGAUGGAUCCUAUAGCGCAGGACGAUAUAAAAGCGUAUUUGAGUAUGGAACAGCAAGGCAUGGCGCAAUUGAUAGCGACGAUACAUGCCGAUCUAGAAAGCUUAAAGAUCAUCAAAGACAGCAUGUCUGAACUUUUAUUGAGUCACAGUAUAUCGUGAGAGUUAUAUUUAGUAACAUAAAUUACCCGAGUGGUUUUUUCUCUUUUUUUAUUAAAAUGUUCGCGGCGAUAUGAUUAUUGUUAUCGUCGGCGAUAUGCCCGUAAGAACUUGGACGAGAUUACGUUAAAACGAGAUUCUUUGCACCUCCGAGGUUUGGUGCCAUAUUUAUUUUGUUUUCAUCUCGCGACGUCCGACGUGUAUAUUUUUUUACUGUGAAAGGUUUAUUUAGCCCAGAAAACGAUUGUCGCCGUUCGCGAUAAUUUGUUCACGUGUUAUACACACCGUUGUUACCGAGAUAAAGCCUUCCAUAGUGGGCCACACGAAGAUGUUAUCGCGUUUAUAUUUCAGAUACCGACGCAGAAAAGAAAAUAGCAGGCGUUCGUUAUACACAGGAAAAAGAAUAAACAAU